ACUGCGCCUUCACCAGCGUGGGCUGCCUGAGGAGAAGCCGGGGAGACGAGACGAGACACCAGCAGAGACCAGCGGACAGCUUCGGAGACCAGCAGGAACAGCACAGUAGGGAACCUGAAACAGUCAACAUGACAGCCACAAAGCCACGGAGCAUGCUUAGAGAGGCUUCGCAUCAGAUUAUAGCCGGAGGAUCCGCCGGUCUGGUGGAGAUCUGCUUGAUGCAUCCCCUUGAUGUGGUAAAGACCAGGUUUCAGAUCCAGAGAGGAACAAGUGACCCCACCAGCUACAAGAGCCUGGGUGACUGUUUCCGGACCAUCUUCCGGAAUGAGGGAGUCUUUGGUUUCUACAAAGGAAUCUUGCCUCCCAUCCUGGCAGAGACGCCAAAGCGAGCGGUCAAGUUCUUCACCUUUGAGCAGUACAAGAAGGCGCUGAGUUUGACCCCUUUGUCUCCUGGUUUGGCGCUGUCUGUAGCAGGGCUGGGCUCAGGCUUGACUGAGGCUGUUGUCGUCAACCCGUUCGAGGUGGUGAAAGUCAGUCUCCAGGCCAACAGAGACGCCUUCAAAGAGCAACCAUCCGCCUUCGCCCAGGCAAGACGCAUUCUAAAGUCAGAUGGAUUUGGAUUGAAGGGCCUGAAUAAAGGGUUAACAUCGACACUCGGACGCCAUGGAGUAUUCAACAUGAUCUACUUUGGCUUCUACUUCAAUGUCAAGGAUGCUAUUCCAACCAACCCGAAUCCCACUCUGGAGUUUCUGAGAAAGUUCACCAUCGGACUGGCAUCCGGGACCAUCUCCUCCUGCGUGAACAUUCCCUUCGAUGUCGCCAAGAGCCGCAUCCAAGGCCCCCAGCCUGUGCCUGGAGAGAUCAAGUACCGCACCUGCUUCCAGACCAUGGCGCUGGUGUACCGGGAAGAAGGGUAUUUGGCUCUUUAUAAGGGACUGGUGCCAAAGAUAAUGAGGCUUGGACCAGGUGGAGCUGUGAUGCUGCUGGUCUAUGAGUACGUGUCUGGAUGGCUGCAGAGAAACUGCUCCUGUGAGGAGGUGGGAGUAUUCCAUCACCAGAGGGCUGGAGGGGUCCCACUAGGAGGAGGGUACCAGUCUGAACAUCAGUCCUGUAGAGGGAGACCAAGUACCACACAUGGACAACAGCCUGGGCAGAGAGACCGGAGGAGGGAGCGGGCCGACUGUUUGGAAACUUUAAACAAAGCUUCAGAUGAAGGCAGUCUCGAGGCCUCUCCAGACUCCACCAAACCGGACGACUCGUCUCCAGAUUCUGACAAGACCAAGAAGAACAAGAAGCGCCGCGUCCUCUUCUCCAAAGCGCAGACCCUGGAGCUGGAGCGGCGCUUCAGGCAGCAGCGCUACCUGUCCGGCCCGGAGAGGGAGCAGCUGGCCCGGCUCCUGAGCCUCACCCCCACCCAGGUGAAGAUCUGGUUCCAGAACCACCGCUACAAGAUGAAGAGAGGCCGGGCGGAGGACGCAGAGAUCCCACAGCCUCCUCCGCUGCUGCGCCGGGUGGUAGUCCCCAUCCUGGUGCGGGAUGGGAAACCUUUCCACGCCUGUUUACUGGACACUGAUAAACCGGGCUGUCUGGCUCCUUCUCAGCCGGUCCACUUCCCCUUACAGUACCAGAGUCCAGUCCCUCUGCCUCCCCGGUACCAGCAGCACUUUCCCUCCGCCUCAGCGCCCAGACUGGCGUGGAGAGACUUCUGGAGCGACUCGGUCCACUUUUACAAGUGAAGGCCUCGAGCGUGCGCACAGACUCAUUUAGACUUCUAUGAAAUGUUUUCUGGAUGUUUGGAGCAACUUAAACAUUUAGAUUCUCACUCUAGAACGAAGGAUAUUUUGCACAUUUUAUUUUGAAAUUUGUACUUUUGUUUGUGACUUUAUUGUGAAGUUGUGUGUGUAUUUGUUGGGCCUGCAGGUGUAGCCUGUAGAUGUCUAAUUAUCCUCUGAGAUCGUGUAUUUUUACACCUCAUAUUUGAAUAAAUAACUUUGUUUAAAGAGGUUCCAGUAGGGUUUAGACAUGGCUGUGUUUAAAUACAGUCUGUGAGUUUAGGAGGAGCUAGCCUGGAUAUC